AUGACGGAAACAAACAACAAUGCGGGUCCGAACAUUAGCUAUAUCCAGGUACCUUCCAUUGACAACAAUAACGCAUACAAUAUGCAACGGAACAAUAUGAUGGCAGCAACUCCAACACAACCGGGAAUGCUCUCUCAGCAGGCUCCGGCACCUCCGAAUGGCGCUCCAACAAACAUGGCAGCCUUUAUGCAGCAAUCCGGAGCCGCGCAAAUGUAUGCCGCGUUUGCUCAAAUGCAACAGCAACAACACCACGGGGGCAUUGCAGGUGGUAUUCCAAACAACAUGGGGAUGGAUCCCAACUCUAAUCAUGCAAAUCCUUCGCUAGCAGUCAACGCGCGGCCAACCUUCGUGAACGCCAAGCAGUAUCGCCGAAUUCUGAAACGUCGGGCGGCUCGAGAAAAGCUAGAGGAGUUUUAUCGUGUCCGCAAGGCGGCGCAGGAUGCCAAGAAACCUUACAUGCACGAGUCACGGCACAAGCACGCCAUGAAACGACCUCGGGGGCCGGGGGGACGAUUUCUAACGAAGGACGAACUGGAAAUAUACUACAAAGACAAUCCGGAAAACGGUCCGAAACAAGAGGAGGAUGCAAAGCGAGCGAAGGUCGGCAUCAACUAG